CAAAUCCAUGUUUUCAAGCCCCUGGUUGUGAGUCUAGAGAUAAGCAGGAUUGUGGAUGAUAACAAGCUUAAUCUCACUCAUUUUCUCUCUAGGGAUCUUUCCAGUAACAAGAUCGGCACCUUAAAUGCUGAAGUGUUUAUACAUUUGACCUUCCUGGCAAAGCUAGAUUUAAGUAACAACAGGAUUUCUUCGAUAGAAGAUGGAAUAUUUGAUAAUUUAUUUAAUUUAACUGAAAUAGACUUAAGUGGGAAUCCAUUUUUUUGUGAUUGCAACCUCGCCUGGCUCCCCCGUUGGGUUGAAGAGAGAAAUGUGAAAGUGUCCCGUCUGUCUGAGACGCGGUGUGCUCAGCCUCCGGAAUUGGCCGACCUUCCGCUUUUCAAUGUCUCCUUCGGUGACAUUACUUGUGGAGCCGAUUAUAUUGCCUGCCUGCCGGACAACAGCACAGGCGGAGCUGAUUCUGUCAUACGAUUCACAUCCCGUUUGCCACAGAACCUGACAGAGGAGAUGUGCAGCGCACUCUGCUAUGCUGAUGGGCAAGACUACGGGGGCUUUAGUGAGGAAGCGGACUGCUUUUGUGGCUUUGCUCUGGAGCCAAACGCUUCCUCUGGCUGUUUACCCUUCUGCGCCAAGCCACUGGCCGGACCCCUCUGUGGCGGCCCAACAUUGGUUUCCAGGGUCUUUUCAGCUGUGCUGCCUGUGUCCUUGGUGGGCCCUGGGACACCUUGCAGUGUCUACCAAGAGGUGGCUUUUGUUCUCCACCUUCCAGUUGCUGUGGGCACAAUUCAGUGGGACUUUGGGGAUGAAACCGGGCUUUUCAAUACCACCAAGACUGCCAUUCUUCAGGUGUACUCAUUGCCGGGACUCUUCAGCGUCACAGCUACCAUUUUUGUCGGCAGCCGGUUUAUCUCAGCGCAGACCGAAAUUGAGGUGCUGGCCUCCCCAGAGGAGAUGGAGCUUCAGUGUCCCCCUUUGGUGAAGACCAGUGAAAGUUUACAGUUACAUAUAAGGAAUCGUGGAGGAACCGGCCUCUCAGUGGCCUAUAGCAUUGCUGCCCAGGACCAAGAGCCUGGAAAAGUGAUCCUUCCAGGUUGCCCCUUGGACAGUGUGGUCUUCCCUGGGAAUAGCCACUGCUAUUGGCUCGGAGCAGAAAAAGCGGAAUGGCUGGAGGCCCAGAGGCUUUGCCAAGAGCACGGCAGCGGAGAUCUGGCCUUUGUCAGCAGCCCUGAAAUCCAGAACUUCUUAGUGUCCAGUGUCACCAGGAGCCUGGAUGUCUGGAUCGGGUUUAACGAUGUUGCAAGCCCCAGCCCUUUGCCACAAGGUGAGGAAGGGUUCGAUCUGCAGAGCUGCCAGAACUGGCUUCCGGGGGAGCCCCAUCCCUCCAAUGCCGACCACUGUGUCCGGAUGGGUCCUGCUGGACAGUGCAACACGGAUCUGUGUACGGCCAAGCACAGCUACGUGUGCGAGCGCAAGCCACAAGAGAUUCUUCUAAACGCUGACCACUUCCAACUGGGAGCUCUUGCAUUUGACACCUAUGUGGCCACCAGAAGCCUGACCGAAAGAGAAGACCUCUCUGCCCCGUCAGGGCUGGUGGAGACGAUGGGAUUUCCCGGCUUGGCAUUCCAGCGGGAGGGCUUUCUAAUAGCAUUGGAGCUGGUGACGCAAAAGCUACAACAAGCGGUCCAUGUCCGGUUUCGAGUGCAUCGUCUAGCCCACCCAAAAGGGUGCAACGAGAUCACGAAUGUCACUGACCGCUUCCUUGUCUCCCAAGAGAAUGAGACUUGGACACCAGUGGACUGUCCAGUUGGCCUCCAGUGGUGUCACUUGGCCAACUCAUGCCAACCGCUAGGAAGCUGCUGCCACCAGGAGUCAUGUGCCAACUCAACAACUCAUGCGGCUGCUGCUCUUCCUCACCCCUGCAAAAAUAAAUCCUGGAGCGUGGAACUUAAGACAUCGCAUUUUACAUUGCCGCCCGGACCCUCCACACGGUACCUUUUGUUCUUCAGAAGCAAGGACUCCUUUGUCAGACCUAACGAUACAGUGAGUGUCCAGCAUGAUGCCGGGCCUGGCGCUUUCCUUCUUUGCCACCCCAGCCAGAAAUCACCGUCCCAGAUGAGCUAUUUCACCUUGAACUCCUUGGAUUGGGAGCCAGGCCUGCCCGCCCAUCCCACUCCCAAAGGCUGGCAGAAUGAUUCCCUGUGCCCUUUCAGGAUCCUUUUGGCUGCUGAAGAAACUGUCCCACUUCUUGAACAAAACAACUCCAAGGUCCACCACCCUGGCCUUUAUGCUGUGCGCGCCACAGUGAACAAUGGGGUCUUCAGGAGGAACUUCUCCUGUGACUUCUGGGCUCUUUCUGCAGUGUCGGGCCUCCGUGUCAUUUACCCUCAGGAACAAGGUGGCAAAGUCUACGUGGAAAGCAAUAGCACGUGGCUGGUGGUGAAAAUCUCUUCUGGGAUGAACGCAACAUCUGGGUGGCUGGGGGGAAACCAGAGCUUCUCCUUUGGACGGAGUUGCCCCCUAGCAGUUACUCCACUGGUAGCAGAGUGUGCAAGGGAAACCAAUGACACGUGGUACUCCGUAAUCCUGCUGGAGGGCAUUGGGCAUAAUUUGAGCACUGUUGUGCUAUGGGCGAAGAAUGCCGUGAGCUCACAGAACAUCACUGUCAGGGUGAAAGCAGAGGACGCCAUCCGAGGACUCCGUGUGACCCCAGACCCAGAGACAAGAGUCCUGCAGAACAACCGCGUGAGCUACAUUCCUGUGAUGGACGCAGGGUCGGAUGUCACGUUUAGCUGGAGGCUGGAUGAUAAGAUCUCCUUUACGUUCUACAACAAUGUCUUCCAUGUUCUUUACCAGUCACCUGCUGUGUACAAGCUGUCGCUUACAGCCUCGAACAAUGUCAGCAGUGUCACUGUAUGCUACAACAUCACUGUGGAGGAGAUGAACAGGAUGAAGGACCUCAGGGUCUCAGAGAUCUUGCCACAUGUUCCUCAGAACAGCACCGUGGAACUAGCAGCAACCGUGACUGUGGAUUCGGCCAUCGAUGCCACAUUUCUGUGGGACUUUGGUGAUGGUGACCAAGUCAUUUCUGAGUUUCAUCCUCCCUAUAAUGAAUCCUUCCUGAAGCCAGAUCCUAGGAUCCACCAGGUGUUAAUUGGGCACAAUGUAUCCCAUAUCUACCAAGACCCAGGUGAAUACACCCUGACUGUUGUAGUCUCCAAUGAAUUUGAGAACCUGACCUAUUCGACCCCUGUCCACGUCUACGCCUACCUAACAGAAGUGGCAGUGCAAGUAGCCACCGAUGUUUUGGUGGUGGGCCAUCCUGUCACCUUUGAAGCUCAAGUGAUGCCCUCGGGCUAUGGAGUCUCUUAUACCUGGAAUUUUGGGGAUGGAUCAGAGGCAUUUGUGGAAAGCCAGACUACCGUAAUCCACACCUACAAUUCCAGGGGGGUAUACGAAGUUAGCCUACAGGCAAACAACACCGUUAGCACUGUUGCGACAUUGCAGCGUUACCAGGUCUUUGAAGAGAUCAGUGGGUUGUGGGUGUCCUUGAAUGAAACCAUAGAGCUUCGCACACCGAUUGAGAUAAGUGCCUCUGUGGAAACAGGCGAUAAUAUCACUUGGAUAUUUGACAUGGGCGAUGGGACGAUUGUGGAGAGUCCUGUGGCAUCUGUGAAACACAGUUAUUUAAAGGAGAUGAACUGCACAGUAAAUGUAACUGCAAUGAAUCCAGUAAAUUCUCUUUCCCGAGCUGUGCCUGUCCAGAUAUUUGUCCUGAUGGUGCUCAAGAUUGAGCCUUCCUCUUGUAUCCGAGAAGACCCCGAAGUACAACUCAUAGCUCAUGUCUCAGGUAACCCCCAAAACUACUUUUUUGACUGGACAUUUGGUGAUGGCUCGUCCAACAUCACUGUGUAUGGAAAUCCAACAGUGGUGCACAACUUCACCCUCAGUGGAAUCUUCUCACUGUCUUUGGUCCUUUCCAGCAAGGUCAACAAAGCACAGUAUUACACGGAGAUUUGCGUGGAGCCAGAGAUCACCAAUGUGACGCUUUCUGUAAGGCCAGAAGUUGUGAGGCUUGGCAAUGAGAGCAGAUUCCAAGUCACAGCCUUGCCACCUUACCACUACCGUUAUCUUUGGGACUUUGGGGCUAAUGAUUCGGCCAGGUUUGGUGGAACUGAAGUGAGCUACACCUACAGAAGUCCAGGUGUCUAUCUGGUUAUGGUGACUGUCUGCAACAAUGUCUCUUUCAACAAUGUCUCAGCGUUAGUGGAAGUCCGGGAGCCAGUUGGGAUAGCCAAGAUUGAGUCGAAUGGCUCAAAGAUUUUGGAGCUGAACCAAGUCUAUCUCUUCUCAGCCAAUAUUACUGGGACCAAAGUUAGUUAUCUGUGGGACUUUGGGGAUGGGACUUCCCAGUUGGGCAAAUUCAUCACCCAUUCUUACAACAGAAGUGGUACCUAUACCAUCAGUUUGAAAAGCUGGAAUGGGGUGAGCUUCCAUGAGGCAAAGCUUAAUGUGACCGUGAAGAGGCGCCUCCAGGGCCUGAACAUCAAUGCCAGCAGGACUGUGGUGCCUCUGAAUGGUUCUGUGAGUUUCACAGCCACCCUCCUGGCUGGCACCGCCAUCCGGUACUCUUGGAUCUUGUGCGAUAGGUGCACUCCUAUCCCGGGCCUUUCUACCAUUUCCUACACGUUUCGCUCUAUUGGGACAUUCAAUGUGAUUGUGACAGCAGAGAAUGAGAUUGGGUGUUUGCAGAGUAGCAUCUUCAUCUAUGUCUUGCAGCAGAUAGAAGGGCUGCAGAUCACAGGUGGUGACUUCAUGGACAACAUUUACUUCCCCACCAAUAAGACGCUGCAGCUGCAAGCAACUGUGAGAGAUGGAACAAACAUCUCUUACAGCUGGACUGUCCUGAAGGAAAGCCUCCCUGUGCAAACAUCUGCUGGGAAGGUAUUUUCCUUAGUCAUUCUGGAAGCAGGUGCCUUUGCUAUCCAUCUGAAAGCCACAAAUAUGCUGGGAAGUUUGGCCGUGAACAAGACUGUGGAGUUCGUUGAGGAGGUCGGUGUCUUAAAGCCAUCCGCUUCCCCCAAUCCUGCUGCGGUCAAUGCAUCUGUUAACAUAAGCACCAGUGUCACCGCUGGAAGUGGACUGGUAUAUACGUGGUACUUCGAAGACGGUCUCUCUCUCUGCACCAUCUCCAGUACCAUCACACACCGUUUCCCAAAUCCAGGUGCCCAAAUCAUUGCUGUGGUGGCAGGAAACAAGUUUGGUUCUGCCAGUGCAUCCCUUGUGGUAUACGUACAGGAACCAGUAGUCGGCCCAAGGAUUACGAUCAUAAGGCCAAACAGUAGUUUUGUGGAAUCAGGCACUGUGGUGAACUUCGCUGGGGAGCUUGAAAGCGGAUCUGACGUAGUCUGGACGUGGAAGAUGCAGGAUAAAACCAUAUCAGGUCAAAGGGUGGCUCUCGAUUUUCCUGCGGCAGGAAUUUUCCCUGUCUGUUUGAAUGCUUCUAAUGACAUCAGCUGGGAGGUAACUUGCCUCAACCUGACGGUGCAGGAUGCAAUCCAGGGUCUGAAGCUCAGAGUGAGCAAGGAAGUGCUGGGGCCAGGAGAACUGGUCUCUUUUGUUAUUGAAAUGGCUUCUGGUUCCUCUGUGAGCUAUGAGGUCACCAUUGGGCGUAAUUAUUCUGAGAUCCUCAGUACUUCCAGCUUCACCUAUAAGUUCAGCCAGGUCGGAGAGUACUUAGUGAGAGUAACUGCAAAAAAUCAAGUAAGUGUGGCUUACGCUGAGGAACUUAUUGUGGUGCUGGAGGCUGUCCGUGGCCUCCGGAUUACCGAUUGCUGUGAGCGAGGCAUGCCUGUUGGGGUGGAAAAACAAUUCAUGGCUCAGACUGAGAGUGGCUCACAGGUAUCUUAUUUAUGGCAAUUCACCUUAGUAAAAGAACAGCAACGCUCCCAGGUUCAUUUAGAAGGCCAAAGUGUCUCUUAUACCCCAGAAGCAGCAGGGCAGUUAGACAUCCAUCUGUGUGCUUUCAACAGUUUGGGCAGCCUGAACGUAACCGUAGUGAUUCAAGUCCAAGAUUUCAUCCUCCAACUUUUCAUCCAGCCCGUUGAUUCCUUUGUCAACCGGACAACUUCCUUUGAAGCAUCUGUGCUGCCCAGUGCCAGGGAAGUCCUGUUUUGGUGGUAUUUUGGGGAUGGUUCUCCAGCUCAGCAAACAAGCAUGCCAUCUGUGAACCAUGUUUAUCUGAGGCCUGGCGAUUAUGCAGUGGAGGUGAAUGCGACCAACCUUAUCAGCUUUUCCAUCGCCCACCGCACAGUCACAGUCCGAGUCCUGGAGUGCGAGGAACCAGAAGCAGAGCUUGCUUUACCUGCUCAGGUGUUUAUGAAGAGAUCCCAGAAGAAUUAUUUGGAGGCACAGAUUGAUUUGCGAGGCUGCACCAGGUACCAGACUGCCUAUCUCUGGGAGAUCUACAAAGCCCCAAGCUGCCUACAACUAGAGGCUUUUGCCAAAGUCCGGCUGGUCAGUGUGGAUGUGAGCCGACCACAGUUGGUCAUCCCCAAACUUACACUGGAACUGGGCAACUACUGCUUCAAAUUCUUAGUCUCUUUUGGCGAUACGCCUCUGUCCAAAAGCAUCUUUGCCAAUGUGACUGUUUUGCCCAAUAAACUGGUACCCAUCAUCGAUGGAGGAUCGUACCGUGUGUGGUCCAGUACCCGGGACUUGGUCUUGGAUGGCGAGAAAUCCUAUGACCCUAACUGGGAAGACUGGGAGCAGACACCAUUACAUUAUCGCUGGUCUUGUGUAUCGUCUUCCAAAAAUUCACCUGGAAUGUGUGGUCUCAACCUCAGUGCCACAGGAGGACUUGUCACCAUCUCUCGAGCCUUGCUGGAAGCAGACGUGGAGUACACUUUUGACCUCACCAUCUCGAAACCAGGCAUGGAUUCAGAAGCAAUAAAUCAAACCGUCUUGCUGAAGAAAGGGACCGUCCCCAUUGUGUCUCUGGAGUGCGUCUCCUGCAAGGCGCAGUCUGUCUACGAAGUGAGCCGGAGCUCCUACGUGUACUUGGAGGGGACCUGCUUGAACUGCCAAAACAAUUCCAACCUGGGGACUGUGCAGAGAUGGACGGCUCAGAGCUUCAAAAACGAAUCUCUGGUUUUAGACAAAAGAUCGACCUCCACAGGGGAUGCAGAGAUGAGCCUCGUCUUGCGGCCGUGGGCUCUGAAGGACGGGGAGGGGUACACUUUCACUCUGUACAUCACAGACCCAGCCACUGGGGAAGAAGGCUAUGCAUCCAUCGACCUUUUUCCCAACCAGCCCCCCUUUGGGGGAUCCUGCCAGUUUUCUCCUGCAAGUCCUGUGCAAGCAUUGGCCACCAAGAUCCAUUUCGAGUGCACAGGCUGGAAAGAUACGGUGGAAGCAGAUACCCCCUUGGUGUAUAUCCUCAUGGCCACGCGCUGCCGAACUGGCCACUGCGAUGAAUUUCUGGUGUACAAAGGGAGUCAUUCUACACACGCGGCCUUCCUGCCACCCGGGUUCCAAGAGUGUGGCUCUCUCGUGUUUGUCUCAGUGCUUGUACAAGACCAACUGGGAGCAACAGUGGUGGCCAUAAACAGUUCCAUGGCCAUCACCUUGCCCAGAGCACCGGAGGGAUUCCACAGCCUUCCCCAAUGGCUUUCCAACAAGACGGAGGUGGUACUGCAGGGCCUAGUAAAGCAGAGUGACCCCCAACCAGUGAUUGAGUAUUCACUGGCUCUCAUCACCGUCUUAAAUGAGUAUGAAUCUUUUGUACAUUCAAAACUGGAAGCCGAGCAUGAUGUCCCCCUUCGGAUCCGGAUCCGCAGGAACGUGACCGAAACGCUGACCUCCUUGAACGUCAACACAGUGGAUGACAUCCGGCAGAUUGUGGCUGCGCUGGCCCAGUGUAUGGUGGCCAGUAAGGAGUUUGUGUGUCGAACUUGCCUGACGAAGACCUUGAAGAAGCUUGAAGCUAUGAUGACCAUUCUUCAAGGGGAGACCCUGCAAGGAACCAUGACACCCAAGGCCAUCGCUGACGACAUCCUCAACAUCAUGGGAGACUUGAUCCACCUCGUCAACGCUGUUUCCCAGGAGUCAGAGCGACAGGAACUCUACAGUGCUCAGAAUAGGGUGCAGGUUGCUUCCAAAGCAUACGCCUUGUCCACUGACUUGAUGCGCAUCCUAAUGAAGUCACGAGUCCUCAACGAGGAGCCCCUGGAGUUGGCUGGGAGCAACAUCACAGCCAGAGGGAAACGAGCUGACCCCCUCACCCUGCUCUGCUAUGAGGACACCCCAGGCUGCCAGUUCUCCAUCCCUCCAGCUUUCAGAGCCACCUUCUCUGACCUGACGGAUGUCGUCCAGGUCAUCUUCCAUGUCGACUACAACCCGUUUCCCUUUGGGUACAUCACCAACUACAGCGUCUCCUCCGAAGUGGCUUCCAUGGAGUUUCAGAGCAGCAAUGGGACAGAAAUAGCAGUUGGUAGCCUGGAUUUGGAAAAGGCCAUCACCGUGAUGGUUGUGGAUGCUGGUCUGAAGAACAUCACUGUGGGGACGGUGGUGGUAGAGGAGAAGAAUUCAGUGAACGUGGUGGUCUCGAUGGAGAACAGCAACACAGAAGCUGGGCUGUAUUUCCAGAUCACCUUUAGCAUCGUCACUGAUCGUUACGUCUCCAGGGAGAAGGAGCCGUUUCUUGCCGUCUGCCUCUUCCACUCCCCUGAAUCCGGAGAGCACAACUGCACGGCCUCCAAGGAGAUCUCUCUGGAGGAUAUGAAGGAGGGGCUGCAGGGCGACCCACGGCGCUACACCUUCUUCGUUCCCCCUGGGAUUGCUGACACAGUGAGGGACCAUCGCUUGAACAUCACCAGCCAUUUUGCAUGGUCCCCUGUGGAGGUGACUCUGGGUCUGUACAGCUCCUUGUGCCAGUAUUUCAACGAGGAAGAGGCUCGUUGGAAGACAGAAGGGAUGGCUCCCUUGGAGGGGGCCACUCCAGAGAAAGCCGUGUGCUUAACCCAGCACCUGACUGCUUUUGGGGCAAGCCUCUUUGUCCCCUCGCACUCCGUGCAGUUCAUCAAGCCGCCUCCAGGCCCCGGGUUCAACUACAUAGUUCUGCUGACUUGUGCUGUCUGUCUGGUGACCUACUCCAUGGCAGCUGUGAUUGUGCACAAAUUGGAUCUGAUCGACAUUAAUCGCGUGGGGUCGAUCCCUUUCUGUGGGAAGAAUGGGCUGUACAGAUAUGAAAUCUUGGUGAAAACAGGCUGGGGCAAAGGGUCAGGAACCACAGCCCAUGUGGGGAUUACUUUGUAUGGGAUAGAUAGCAAAUCUGGGCACAGACAUCUGGAUGAUGAGAAUGCCUUUCGACGCAACAGCCUCGACAUCUUCCAGAUUGCCACGGAACGGAACCUGGGCAGGGUGUGGAAGAUCCGGAUCUGGCACGACAAUAAAGGACUCAGCCCAGCUUGGUUUUUGCAGCAUGUCGUUGUCAGAGACUUGCAGACCUACAAGAGCUACCACUUCCUGGUGAACGACUGGCUGUCUGUGGACAGUGUGGAGAACGAUGGCCUGGUGGAGAAGGAAGUCUUUGCUGCCAGUGAGGCAGAUCUGAGGAGCUUUUUGAGGAUCUUCAUCGGCGAGCUGCAGCGGGGUUUCUUUGAGAGGCAUGUCUGGCUCUCCCUGUGGGAUCGGCCCCCUCGCAGCCGCUUCACCCGGGUCCAGAGAGCCUCAUGCUGCUGCCUCCUCAUCUUCCUCUUCCUCUGUGCUAACGCCGUGUGGUACGGUGUUGUGGCAGAUGCUAACUUCAGUCGAGUGCCCAUCUCCACCCUGAUCCCGGUCAGUGGUGAGACCGUCCUGGUUGGCUUGGUCUCCAGUUUGGUUGUUUAUCCCCUGUACCUGGUUCUCCUCUUCCUCUUCCGGAUGGCACGAAGCAAGGUGACCAUCAGCCAGUCUCUGGCCCAUUCAGACCAGCAGUCCUUGGAGAUCGACAACUACCUGGACUCAUCGCUUCUGGAGAGCUCCUUCCUCACCUUCCCUGGGCUUCGAACAGAGGCAUUUUCAGAGCAAACCAAGACCGAUUUGCUCCUGGAUGAUUCAAAAAGCCUAAUCCGGUGGCAUUCCAAUGAAGCCCUGCUCAACUGGCCAGACCUGCUCAGUGAUCCAUCCAUCAUGGGCAACACCAUUCAGAAGCUGAAAAGGGGGAGGACCAGUCGUCAUCUUGGCCUCGAGGCUCCUUUGGCCACUGAGGGGGACAGCAUGACACCGGCCUUUCCCCAGGCUCAAGCCAGAUACUUCUCUGCUUCCGAUGAAGAUUUGAUACGACAAAUUCUUGCAGACGGAGCUGGUGGCAUCUCUCAUCUUCAGGAAGUGGGAAACUGCCCCAAGGUUGAGACAGACCUCCUCUCAGGGCUGUCAAACAUGCCGGGAGACAAGACGGAGGCAAUCAUGUUGCAGAGGCUGAACGAGAAAGGACAGAGCGUGGUGGUCCCUGGCCGGGAACUGAACCAUUCCGCCAAAUCAACUCGAACAGUUGUGGACCACGCUCUCCGGAAGCGCUUGUUGCCCUCUUGGUGCUCCUACCUGGCACACGCCAUCAGCAUCUUCCUCCUCCUCCUCUCCUUUGGGGUCUCUGUGUGGAUCGGAGUGGGGUUCACCUCCAGCGUGGCCCUCAUGUGGCUGAUCUCAGGGAUUUUUAGCUUCCUCUCCUCCUUUUUGCUCUGGGAACCCCUCAAGAUUCUCCUGGAAGCUCUUUACUUUUCACUGGUGGCCAAGCGCCUGCAUCCUGAGGAGGACGACACCCUGGUGGAGCAUCCCUUUGUGGAACACGUGUCAGAGAAGAUUGGGAAGGUCCGGCCACCUCAGGGCUUUGCUCUUUUCCAGGCCAAGGAGGAGGCCAGAAAGGUCAAACUCCUGCACAGCCUGCUCAAGAACUGCUUUGUCUACAUGCUGUUUCUGCUGGUCAUCCUCCUCACCAACUAUGGCGGAGCUUCACACAACAGUCAGGCAUUUCUUUUCCAAAAGUCCAUCAAGCAGCAGCUUGGCAUCAUGCAAUUCCUGGACAUUAAGAGAUCGGAUGAGUUCUGGGCUUGGACCAUGCAGGGACUGCUUCCGUUUCUGUACAGUAACCAGUCUGCCCAGGGAACCUCUAGUAUCACCCUGGGGGUCCCACGACUGCGGCAAAUCCGCAUGCAAGAAGGGUGCUUGAAUUCCCUGCAUCAGGCCCUCAGUGGGACCAAGAAGAAAUGUGCUUUCAGUUCUGACAGCUUUGACACCACUAGCUACGCAGCUGGCUGGAAGAGCCCCUCGGACAGUCUGGGGCCGUUGUGGACCUACUCUCCUCCUGACCUGGCUGGAGUCUGGUACUGGGGCUACCUUUCCUUCUAUGACAAUGGGGGUUACAUCCAGGAGUUGGGGACAACACUCCAAGAAAGCAAAGCUUGUCUGCAGGUCCUCCAGCAGAACAAUUGGAUCAGCAACAGGAGCCAGGCAGUCUUUGUUGAAAUGACCCAAUAUCACCCUGUUCUGGACCUCCAUGCUGCCAUCACACUCCGGCUGGAGUUUCCAGUGGCAAAGCAUGCGGUGCCGGCUGUGGCCGUCACUCCCUUCCCACUGCACCCCCUUGGCAGGAGGGUUACCCCACAGCUGCUCAUGAUGGUCUUCCUCAUGAUGGUGGUGGUCUAUUUCGUGGUCUCCGAGUCUCUGGCCAUCAAGAAGGAAGGCAAGGCCUACUUCGCCCUCCUCAGCAGCUACGGCCAGUGGCUGCUGGUCCUGGCCACCACCUGCACGGUAGUCGUCCACCUCAGCCAGGCCACCCUUGCUGAGCGGCAGUGGGCAAAGUAUCUGCAGAAUAAGCGAGCCUUCACCAGCUUCUACCCAGUGGCGUCCCUCCACGUUGCCUUCAGUUGCCUGGCUGCUUCUCUCCUCUUCCUGCUGACAGUCAAGGCCUCCCAGCAGCUGCGCUUUAUCCGACAGUGGUCCACGUUUGGCAAAGCUUUGCAGAAAUCUGCCAAGGAACUCCUGGGCACGGGGCUGGCCUUCGUGAUCCUGACGUUGGCUUACGCACAGCUUGGCUACCUGCUGUUCUCCUCCACCUCCAAGGGCUUCUCCAGCUUCUGCCGGGCGCUCCAGCUGUUUCUCACCGCCCUGCGCGGCGGCACGAGCCUCCACCUCCCGGGGCCCGCGGGGCUUCCCCACCUCUUCUGCGCCAGCUACGUUGUGCUGCAGCUCUGGUGGCUUUCGCGGCUCUUCCCUGUUGUGCUCAUUCAUCGUUACCGGGAGACUCGCUUCGAGAUGUACCGGCCAGCCUUCGAAUCGCAGGACUACGAGAUGGUGGAGCUCUUUGUUCGGAGGCUCAAGAUGUGGAUGGGAUUCAGCAAAGCCAAGGAGUUCCGCCACAAGGUGCGCUUCGAAGGGAUGGAGCCGCUGCCCUCCCGCUCUUCCAGCCAGGACUCCCGGUCGUUGCAAGGACCCACCCCCAGCGCUGCGUCCGAGAGCUCCCGGGCCUCCACCUCCUCCAGCCAGCUGGACGGACUCAGCCUCACCGCCAGCACCUGCGACAGCACGGAGCUCGACGCGGAGGUCCAGCAGCUCCUCUCCCUCCUGGAGACUCUGCUCGCCCAGUUUGACCGGGUGAAUGGGGCAACCGAGGAUGUGUACAGCUUGGAGCGCCAGCUGGAGAGCAGCCGGAACUGGCAGGCCAGACGGAGGGGCAGGCCGAGGGCUGAUUGGCCAGCGAGCCUUUCCCACCCUAUCCACACCGCCCCCGGCUCCCUGUCUUGCGAGCUGGGCCCUGGCAGCAGGCCUGUCCUGCCCUCCCGGCCCCUGAGCAGCCCUGCAGCCUUCCGGAUAGUCCACAGCGGUCCAGGCGCUCUGCUCAUGCCGCAGAAGACGCUCGUGCCGGCAGCCAGGAGGAAGAGGCCUCUACGGGCCAACAACCGAGUCCACCCUACCAGCAAAUAAAAGCAGAUGGGAGGGCACUUGGUAGUCACAGCCUUAGGCCCUGGGCCCAAAGGAUGCCUCCCUGGUCCCAUUUGGGAAGCUGCAUGUUGGCCCUGGAAGCCAAGGAGACACCAACUGGGCUUAGCGCCGCAGCCCCCCACGAUGCCUCUUCUGUGCCUGCCGGGUGACACGGCAGCCUUUCCCUGGCUUUGGGCUUCUGCAGAGGCCCAGCAGCUCCUUGUGGGUUUCGUGCAGAAGGGGAGAGCCAGGGAAGGCCAGGUCAGCUGUGAGAAGAAAAGGAGUCUGGGAGGGUGAGAGCAAAAAAAGUGUUAUUUUUCACAGAAGCUUUACAGCAAAUGAAACCAGGUUUUGUGUGUGUGUGUGUGUGUACGUGUGUAUGCUUUUAAUGCAACCCGUUCAUUUCUUGUGAGUCUGCUCAAGGGAGGAGCUGGACAAUAAUGGUGAAGAAUUCCACCGAUCACCAGGCUGAGCCUGGAGUGGAAUAAGAUAUUUAUCCCUGAGUGGAGUCGGUCCCGUUUUGUGGAGAAGCUGGACUUUGGAGAAGGAACAAUGCAGGGUUCGAAGGGCAAAUUCCCACUCAUUGGAAUGGAGUGUUUUGAAAGCAUCUCCCCCCCGCCCCCCGCCAGCUUUAGCUUUUGACAUUUCAUUAUUAUUUUAGGUAUAUGUAUUAUGUAAAACAAUCCAAAGAUACUGUCAAUGUGAGACUUAAAAAAAAGGAUCCCUGUUUUUGACCAAUGUGCAGUUGAAGCCUCUCCUCUGCCAGUCUUGAGGAUGGCAAAGACCAUUUGAUGGGGCUAGAAUCUAACAAGGUUUGGACACUGAUUAUUUUGAGGAAGGUGGAGUGGGGGACUGCUGCGUGGAGAGGGACCCCGUGAGCUGGUUUCACCAGGGUUUCGUUCCAGCAGGCUGUUCUCCAUUAAAGCAGUUGGGUGCGGUUAUGUGUAUUAUGCUGAUUGCAUAAUUUUAUAGUCUGAGGAUCAUGACUGAGUUUAUUUUUAUUGGGUUUGUGUGUAUGUAUGUUUGGGUAUGCAUGAAUGAAAAUAUAUAUAUAUAUAUUUUCAUUCAUAUAGUUUACUAGUUGUAUUUACUGCCAGCACUUUAAUCUAUGCUUGCCUUAGCUACCAAUGACACAUGCAAAUUUUAAAGAGCAGGAUAAUAUAUCAUGGAAGCAGUAUUUUUGUUUCUUGUAGAUCAUAAUUUGAAACAGGCCACUGGACUAUGACCACAGUUGGGCACUUGUUCCCAUGUCUUGGGAGCGAUCCCCGGGACUCCCGCCAAGGUAGCAGCCUGGAAUUACUGGAAUGGUUCCAAGCACUGAGGGAAGAUGGACGAGGACGAAGGGGGUCAUCUCUUAGCUAACGCAGUUGUGUACCUGGCGUACACAAACGAAUGCUUGCAAAUCAGGGUGGUGGGGAACCAACUCCUCCACUCAUCAAUCAUUUCCUAGCUCCCAGAUCAGAGCCCGCCCAUGCUACCUUUGUGGCCAGAUGACCAUUGCAGUCCGGGCCCUGAAUGUUCCCGAGAUAGCCCAGGCCCUGAUCGCAGGCAGGGCACGGAGAGCCCUCGUGGUCACUCCUGCUCCCGUCCAGGUGCCUUCCUUGUUCCACGAGGACUGGAGGGAGGACUGCAAGAGGCCCCUGGGGGGACCCGAAAGCAAGGCACAGGUAGCUCCUUCCGAGUCAUCCCUUUGCUCUAAACCCUUCCGCUGAAUGCUACGGCUGGUCCGUGCUUCUCUGGAACCUCACGCGGGGGGCGGGGGGGAGGCAACCCCUCUUUCUUCUUUUUCUGUGACAAAUCCCAUCAUAUUCCAGUGGCCAGUUUAAUGUUAUGUGUAUUAUAAAUAAUUUAUAUGGGAUUUUUACAAGAGGAAAAAUGUAUAUUUUUGUAUGUUUGCGGUUUUUAUAGCAUUGGUAUUGUGCUCACAUGUGUAGAUGGGAGUUAUUUAAAAAAAGGUUACAUCAAAAGCCUUCUUGCUUAAAUACUGCUGGCGUGUGGGCAAAGCAAUGUAUGGGAUUUGCCAAAUGAAGUUUGGGAGAUGUUAGGGCAGGAGGCAGGACCUCCCAGCAGUGCACUAGUUCGAAUUCCUGCAAGGCAUUGCUCAGUCCAACAGGAACUCCGGUCCCAGAGGCCCCUCCCAAUUGGUUUCCCAAAACUUCAAAACACU